AUGGUCGAGAAACCCGAUGUUACAGUAGCCAUUGAUCUUGGCACCACCUUCACAGGUGUUGCGUUUUUGUUCUCAAAUGGGACGAUGCACAUUUUCAACAACUGGCCUGGAAACAAUAAUACUGGCGAAACAAAGGUUCCCAGCCGUCUUGUCUAUAACCAUGACAACACAGUGUCUUCAUGGGGUUUCUAUUCAUCUGUGUACGAUGACCCUCUACCGUUUGAUAAAAAGGAGCAUCGUCUCUUCAAGAUGUUCCUUGACAAAGAGACAUGUGAGGAGACGAGGAGAGUAGGCCUGAGCACGAUUGCUACUACGGCAGAGGCGUCGAUGUGUGUUACGGACUUCCUUCAGCAGAUAUAUCGACACAUCAAAACAACAUACGAGGAGAUGACAGGUGCAAACUGGACCACCUCGUCCGUCACUUUUCUCUUCAGUGUACCUACCACUUGGAGAGGAUUGGAUGUAAGUAACACGUUCAAGGCUGCUAUUAAAGCCGCGGGCUUUGGCACUGAAGGGCCCCGUCACUCGGCGCAAAUUGAUCUCACUGAAGCAGAAGCCGCUGCUGUUGAUACCCUCAAGAGUGGUGUAGUCAACUUUAGUGCUGGGGACAUCUUCCUCACUAUAGAUGCUGGUGGUGGCACAACAGACGUUUCCUUGGUACAGGUCACCAGUGUCGACAACGGAAGGCCUCAGAUGUCGCAGAUUGCUGAAGUAAGCGGGAUCGGAAUUGGCUCAACUCUCAUAGACUCUGCUUUCGGUGACCUUGUCCAGGAGCGUUUGGUUAAAAGCCCUGAUGUGCCAUUCAGUAUUACUAACGGCCUAUCUGAGAACAUGAUGAAGAGUGAACGAUUCAAAGCUGUCAAGCACCUUUUUGGUGACCCUGCAGCCAUCGCCAAGUCUCACAGGAUUGCCAUGCCGGGUGUCUCAAAUGACUUCAGACAUGUUCAGCUCCGUGCUGAGGGAGGAUGCAUGAUAUUUGAUAAUCACGAUAUACAAAGGCUUUUUGAUCCUCACGUGGAGAGAAUUGUCGCCAAGGUCCGCGAGCAGUUGGACUGGAUGGUGCAGAACAAUCGCAGUGAGCAAGUGAUGUACAUGGUUUUAUCCGGGGGAUUGGGCAGUUCCAAAUAUGUCCAACGGCGGCUCAGGGAUCAUUUCAUCCAAUUCACACAUCCCAACGCUCGCAAUGUCAGAAUCAUUGUCAGCAAAAACCCACAGACAACUGUCGUAAGGGGUCUGCUUGAAGACCAGAAACAAAAAUUGGAAACAGGGAACAAGCCAGUCCUCGCCACGUACGUGGCUAGGAUGAGUUAUGGUAUUGUGACACGAGAGCUUUACAACCCUGCACGACACAUCGGCGAACGGUUGGAGUCGGAUGAGUUUGACUUAACUCAACGAUGGGCUGCUGAUCAAAUAGAGUGGUUCAUUCGCAAGGGGGAUAACAUUGACGCAUCGGUGCCAAUAAUGAAACCGUUUCAUAAACGGUUAAGUCCUGGAAUUACAACUGCGUCCGUAACCAUCCAGGUUGUUUCCUCACGAAAUGAGUCGAAUGUUCUCCCACAAAGUCUACUCAAGGCUGGAGUAAAAAGACUCUGUCAAGUCGAGUGUACACUCACUGCUCUCACGCCAAAUGAACUUGUUAUGGUCCAGAAGCGCGGGGUCCAACGCAUCCUCAUAAACAGCCGAUACGUCGCUCCCCAGUUCCCACGUUUUUCGUUUUUCUUGUCACAUCGUUCAACGCCUGUAUCGGCCACUACAUUCGUUAUGCGUUCUGCCUUUGCUUUAACGGCCCUGGCCAUCCUGGGAAACUUUGAUGUUACCCUCGCCGGCCCAUGCAAGCCUCAUGUUACCUCUGCGACAGCAACAACGGUUGCCCCAACCACUUCAGAAACAAAGGGACCACUCGUUGUCAAGAACGUCAUUGGUAACGGAAACUUUGCCGUCAGAGAUCCUACCAACCCGAGCAACAUCCCAAGCUACACCGUCGAAGGCGAUUGCCAGAUCGUUGAGAACAAGGGCUACACCGGUGACGGGAGCAAAGAAAAGGGCUGUGUUGAGAUGCAAGCAUCCAACCAACCUCCCUUACGCAAACGAGCCAUUGGCAACAUCGUUAGCCUGUCGCAGCAACUUGACUCUCUUGAUACCAAGAAGAAGUACACUAUUCGUUUCUUCUAUGCUGUGAUCACAGCUAGCAGCGUAAACGUCUGCACGCUUAGCGCUUCUAUCGCUGGCCAUGUAUUCUAUACGUCGACGAUUCUCAGUAUUGGGGUUGCUAAGGACUGGAACACUGUUCUUGAACAGACCGACGUUCCCAACACCGAGGGUGCUUUUGCGAUUGCUGUCAAUUGUCCUAUUGGUGGAAUUGCAGCUAUCUACGUUGACUCCAUCUUUAUGUCUAACCAGGUCACUCCUGAGACGAUCGAUGAUGUCGCAAUUGACUUUGGCGAUGAAGGUAGUGUUGCUACUACAAGUGCUUCACUGAUUGUAUCCACCGCAUCAGAGGGAUCAAGUAGUAGCGCGAAUACCGAUGGACCAUCAACAGAGACCAAGCCCUUAACUGAAUCUCAUGUUUUCACCUCGGAUAUUGAGCAGCCAACAACUGGCUCAUCUACAGGCUCCGACGUCAACACUUUCAGUCCAUCAACUGAGUCUGAGGCUGCAACAGACAGCUCUGCAGAGACCCAGACUGAGGGACACUCAGCUGGCGUAUCGACUGCCUCUGAGCCUGCCACUCAAGGUCCAUCAACGGCCUAUGAGCCUACUACCCAAAAGCCAUCGACUGCCUCUGGCCCUGCUACACAAGACGCGUCAACCGAGUCAGAGAGCCAUGUUCCCACACUUACUUUGAACCCCACAAGUGCUCUACACCCUACAACCGCAAGCUACCUCUCCACUGCCAGUUCUUUACCAACUGGUUCACGCGUCUGCCCCGUCGGAGCUCCACCUCCUGGCUACUGCACACCCGUCAAGCCAGAAGUUACACAAUUAGUCUCCCUGCCCGGUAUCCGACAAGAGUCAGAGAACGACCGUCCCACCGCCCCUCGAGCCUGUUGGGCGUUUGGAGAUGUAAAGUCGGGUACAUGGGGUCGCACAACGGAUAGCGUUCCUCGACAAAACUCUAUAGAAGACUGUGCCCUCCUAUGCAAACAAGAAGGUUCUGCUUGCAAGGCCUUUGCGUGGGAUGAAAGUCGGGAGGGUAGUUCCUGUCGGUUUACUUCCGAUACACUUGGUGUGGUUGGCAUCGAUCUUAAUAAGCCGUACUCUCUGAUGUGGAAUGAUUUCGAUUGCUUCGAGUGUGAGGAUUGCGAUAUCAAGAACCCAGCGGAUGUUGAGACAACUUCCGUUGCGCCAUCAACCUCCUCUCUUCCGGACAUCACUACCUCUGCUGCUCCCUCUGCCACAACCGCCUGUCCCCACUGUCACCUCAAGAGCUCUCCAUCUUCGGACCUUGUCUGCGAGAAGAUUGGUAACCUUGGCAAUGUUGAUCUCGAGCCUUAUGCCAACAAUGAAUUCGACAAGGACACCAUGCAGACAACUUCAGAGCAGUGUGCUACUAUCUGUUUCAUUCUCAAGGAUUGUGCGGCCUCGGCAUAUGACUAUGCGCGAAGGAGAUGUAUCUUCACCAACACUGCUAUCUCAAGCAGCGAGUUUCAGGAGGCUCAAGAUCAGGACGCUUCUGCUUACAUCCUCCCUUGGAGUUCCGAGGGAUGUUGGUCAUGCUCCAAUGACUGUUCAGUCCAGGAUGAGACUACCAGCCAAGCUCCUAGCACUGCGAAACAAACUGUCGAACAAACUACGAUGACUCCAACUCGAACUGAACCUCUUACAACUUUCAUCUCGUCCUACGCACCAACGACCACGUAUUCAUCCAUGCCUGAAUGCACCCUCGCCCUAUCUGAUGGAUGUCAAUUCGAUCAAAACUACGAAUUCUCUCAGUGCAACAAAGUCGGCAACAUGAGGAAAACCUUUACACUCAAGGACGGUGAAUAUGCCUGGCAGCUUCUCAACAUCAACACCUAUCAGAACUGUGUAGCAUUGUGCAAUCAGAUGCCCGGCCGCUGCAAGUCUUCCUCGUGGGAUCAAAACCAACAACAAUGUGUCUUUUCCACGGAAUCAGUCUUUAGCUCCUCAUUCACUCCCGGUGAUAAUGAUGAUAAUUCUCAAACCUGGAGUGAUCAGACUUGCUUCCGAUGUUUCUGCCACGAAUACGAACGUGAUGACUAUUCCGCGUCACUACGAACUUCACUGCCCACCGCGACUUGCGCUCCUAGCAUUACAAGCGAGGAUGCCGUUUGUCAGCGCAGGCAGGUUGAUGACGGUAAUGUGGUCUGUCAGCAUACGGGUUACUUCCCUUGGGGUUGGGACGAUGCGCCUUCCAAGUUUCCCCACCAAGAUUCUGAGGAGCGAUGUGCGGCUCUUUGUAACUCGAACCCUGAUUGUAUGUCGUCGGGUUGGUCUGAAGAGUAUGGGAAAUGUGCUUUGGCGGGUUUCCAGCUCAGGGGUAUCCAGUGGCAGCAGUUUGAGUCAGAAAUGGCGUAA